AUGAAUGUAAACGGUGUGAGAAACGAGAACACACAGUUAUAUGUUUCAAUAUUUUAUAUUGUUGUGAUGUACAAUACAAUUAGUUCAAAGCAAAUUUCAAAAUUUGAUCAUCAUGUCAAACGUGAAGUAUGCUCAAGUCGAGCAAAUUAUAGAGAAGGACGGAAAGCAACUGCAGUGAAGUCACAGAUGAUACCGAAUUUUGAAAAACACCAACUUAAUAAUCAAGAAAUGCCAUACAGCGUUGAAUACAAAUACAAGAAAAUGUUGUUGUUUUUCGUUUCGGUAGAAAUAGGAGCCUUUAAUGGAACCCGUUCAACAUGUUUUUUUGUUAGUACUUGUACUUCAUUUAGGAAUGCCAAGAAACGACUUGAUGACAGGUCUUUUUUUGGAGGUAGUAUUCACGUAUGUUAUGCUCCAGAGUUUGAAAAUGUCCAAGACACAAGGAAUAAACUUCUAGAGCGACGUAAAAUUGUUUCAGCUAAAACAAGAAAUUUUACUGGAGAAAAGGUACAGUCGGAUAAUGAUGGAAAUAUUUUAUCACUAAAGGAAGUAUCCUCAUCACAGCCUGAGAGAGCUCUUUCUACAAGUUCCAUUACUCCAAAGCAGCAGCCUACCACCUAUAUAUGGGCUGGAAAAGAGUACACAGUUAAUAGUGCAGAUGAUAAUUUGGUUAUUCCCUCAUCAUCACAGCCUGAGACAGUAAAACAAUCGCCUCUGUUGUUACCACGUUGUCUAAGAGAUCAGAAAUCAUUUAGAACAGGUUAUCAUGGUAGUACGUCUACAGAUAUGGAAAGUCACUCAAAAUCUAAGGUUCCGAAACUAAACCAAACAACAAAUGUAAAAGAAUCUGAACAAUUUUAUAGUUCCAGCUAUGAUGAUACAAUAGCAUCCAUCAGGAAGAAGCUAUCCUCGGUGAGCACUCCAGUAAGACCAGUAAACCUAAAACGCAAGAAGUAAUGCUAUUCUUUAUACUGGAAGAAUAUGUGAGUUUACCUGACUUGAAGAGCUUAAGUGAAAGUCUUUUUUUUAAUCAUAAAGAGUAAUAAUGUGAGUUAACUUAAAAUCUGCACCAUUUGAAUAAUUGUUGUAAUAAUUAAAACCAGUGUUCCCUAGGCAUUAAAGUAGGCUCAUUUUUGAUACAAAAAAAUUUCAAUUUCUCAAGUUCCAUAGGUCUCUUAUAAACUAUUAAUAAGUAACAGAAUAAUUUUUGUAAUUAAGUUACGUACUUUGUAUUGAAAUUUAAUUCCAAUAAAAUUAUGCAGUGUUUAGAUCAAACAUUUAGAAAAAAAAAAUGUAAAAGUGUGUUAAAUGUUUUAAAAGCAGAGCAUUAGUGGAAUAUGUUUUUAAGAAAUUUGAGAACAGGUGUUUUUGUUUAAGCAUAUUAAACACUUGAGUAUAGGCGAAGAAAUGCUUACGAUACUAAAGUAGAGGUUAUCAAGCAAACAUAUUGAGCCAUUUAGACUGUUUUGGGAAAAACGACAAGAAAAACGAUUGAGGAAAUUUUGGCAAUUUCUGGGAAACGCUGGCUCUAGUUGACAACCUAUUCCUGUUUCGUUCUGUUUAAUUUUUACUCUUCCAUUUGAAGUUGUUGACUGUCUCAUAAGUUAUCAGUUAAAUUAUGUUUCACCUGUAUAAUUCACAAAGGAACAUAUAUUUAGCAAUAAAAGUCUUUAAUUGUAAUUGUUGUCAUCUUUGGAAAUACUUCAUAUAACUAGUGAUUCCAUCUUAGGCUUGAGUAAUAGAGGACAGAUGUUUAUCUUCUCUAUCUAUUGGCAGUAUACUACACUCAAGCUGCAGCAAUAGAAUACAGUAAUUGGAUCAAGUUUUACAGAGAACAACAAAAUUCAAAGUUAGGAUAUUUAGAAAAACCUAUGCUUAAUAACCUUCAUUUAACCUCAAAAUAAAUAUAAUAUUAAUUGAUAUCUCUUGUCUCAUUUGUGGUAAAAACGAUUAGUACUUUUAAUUUUGAAGUCCAAAAAUGCUUGUCACAAAACUAAUAUGAAUGUUGGAAUUUUGUUAAUAUUUGGGCCUUUUAAAUAUUUUAAAUAGUAAGUCAUCUACUGAUGAUAUUCAAAAAAAUAAAACCACACUUUGCUGCCUGUGUUUUACUAUUUAUUAACAAACUCCUCAAGCAAUGAAUACACUUUUCCAGAAUCUAAUUUUCCUAACUAAUUCAGAUUAUUCAACACAACAUUUUGACAAAAGGUUUACUCUUAUAAAGUCUUUGUU